AUCUUCUACAACACCGGUUAAAACAAAUAAGAGAGUAAAAACCACCACACAAGUUGUCACUAACAUAGAAAGAACGGAUGAACCUUCUGCUCUAAAUUCUGUAAAAUCACCUAAACAAGUUAACAAUAACGUCGAAGAAACUGAAGAGAUUGAUCCUGUUAAAGAAUACUGUUAUCAACAACGAGAAGCGUCGACUGGGGAACCAAAAAUAGACAUAGAGAGAACAACGAAAAUAAUAAAAGAUAUUUCUCAACCUUUACACAAAACCACGCAGCCAGUUCCCCAACAUUCACAUAAUAAUGCAAACACCACAUUUGUUUCAGGGGAUUCAUCACAAAUGCUCCUACAAAUUCCCUCAGAUCUUUUUCAUGCACAACUAACGGCUUACUUACCACAUCCAGAAAUUAAAAUUUUGACAAAUUUUCAGGUGCAAUCAAUUUUAUCGAAGAAUAAAAUAAUCGUACGGGGCAAAAAUAUUCCAUGUCCCAUUAGCAAAUUUGAACAUUGCAAACUACCUCCAAAGUUGGCCGACAAUUUGCAACAGAUCGGAUAUUUGGAACCAGCAGAAAUUCAAAUGCAAGUAAUCCCAACAGCACUAGUUGGACGCGAUAUAUUGGCAAGUGCUCAAACUGGAUCUGGAAAGACCGCAGCUUUCUUAAUACCAAUAAUCGUUCAUGCUUGGACGGUAUCACAAUUUCGUGAGGGUAAGGGUGGACCUUAUGCUAUAAUCAUGGCACCGACAAGGGAAUUGUGUUCACAAAUUGAAGAACUAGCAAAAAAAAUGAUUGCAGGUUUACAAAAUAUGAAAACAGCGCUUAUAGUUGGUGGUGUACCUAUGUCCAAUCAAGUUCACCGGUUGAAAAAAGGUGUACAAAUCGUGAUUGCUACGCCUGGACGACUUCUUGGUGUAAUGAAUCAAUACGAGGAAUUAAUGAUGACUAAUAUUCAUAUGAUUGUUAUCGACGAAGUAGAUAUGAUGUUUAAAAUGGGAUUUGAAAAACAGGUCACCGAAAUAAUGGAUAAAAUAAACUCAUCAUCAAAUACACGUCUACAGAUUCUCAUGUUUUCAGCAACAAUUCCUGAUAAUAUUGAAAAACACGCAAAUCUACUACUUCAUAAUCAUAUAAGGAUUACUGUUGGAGAAUUAAAACAAACAAUUUUAUGGGUAGAAAACAAGUCUAAAAAGAAGCAAUUAUUUUCAAUCCUAAAUGAUCCAAAAUAUUAUCGACCACCAAUAAUUGUAUUUGUCGAAUCUAAAAUGGGGGCUGAUUUAUUAUCACAAGCAAUUGAGAAAAAAUGUGACGCACGGACUAUAAGUAUACAUAGUGACAAGUCUCAAAAGGAACGAACGCAUAUUCUUCAAUCAUUUAUAAAUGGGGAAUAUGAAAUAAUCGUUUCCACGGGUGUAUUAAGCAGAGGACUAGAUUUGUCCACUGUAAAUAUGGUUGUGAAUUUUGAUAUGGCAGUUUCUAUUGAUGAAUAUGUUCACCAAUGUGGUCGUGCUAGUGAAUUUGUGUCGAUGUUGAAAAUGCAACCUUCUGGUAGAGUGACACCUUUACCAUCGAAAUUACUUAAUCACGGAUAUACUUUGUAUGGAAAAUAA